AUGUCUGCAGCUGAUUACCAUGAGUCUGCGCCCUCUUUGCCUGCAGAAACAAGGAAGGCGCUUCCUGCUAAGGAUUCCGUAGAGAUCGACAUGUUUGCAGAUCUGGAAGAUGAUGACAUGUUCAGUUUGGGAGAUGUGCCUGAUGUCACUGUUCCCAGUAAGGUAACAGUCAAGGUUGCUGUAGCAGAAACUGCUGCCGACUAUAACCCUACACUUGUUGAUAAUUGGGAUGAUGCAGAAGGAUACUAUCGCUUCGGACACGGCGAAAUACUUGAUGGCCGAUAUCUAGUGACAAGUGUGUUGGGUAAGGGUGUUUUUUCUUCUGUGGUGAAGGCGCGCGAUACUAAAGCGGAUGAUGCCGAGGUUGCUAUCAAGAUUUUACGCAGCAAUGAGACAAUGUACAAAGCAGGCAAGAAGGAGCUAGAAAUUUUGAAGCGAUUGAUGGCGAACGACCCCCACAACCGCAAGCACAUUAUUCGUCUGCUACGCCAUUUCGACCAUCGUGGACAUCUGUGUCUCGUCUUUGAAUCGCUCUCGAUGAAUCUGCGUGAGGUAUUGAAGAAAUUUGGUAAAGAUGUAGGCCUCAAUAUCAAUGCCGUCAGGAUUUACGCCCAGCAACUGUUUUUGGCCCUUUCAUUACUCAAGAAGAGCAACAUUUUACAUGCGGAUAUUAAACCAGACAACAUCUUGGUCAAUGAAGCCAAGAAUGUACUUAAACUGUGCGAUUUGGGGUCUGCCUCCGACACAAGCGAAAAUGAAAUUACACCAUACUUGGUCAGUCGGUUCUACCGUGCGCCGGAGAUCAUCCUUGGCCUUCCAUAUGAUCCUGCAUUGGACAUGUGGUCGAUUGGAUGUACCCUUUAUGAGCUUUUCACGGGCAAAAUCUUGUUCUCUGGCCGCAGCAAUAAUCAGAUGCUGAAACACAUGAUGGAUUUGAAAGGGCCUUUCUCAAAGAAGAUGAUUCGAAAGGGACAGUUCUAUUUGAAUCAUUUUGAUGAAGAUUGCAAUUUUUUGUCGGUUGAGGUGGAGAAGGUGACUCAGAAGGAUGUGGUAAAGACUAUCCAAGUCUCCAAACCAACCAAGGAUUUGAAGACGAGGCUGAUGCCUUACACUGCCAAUAUGUCACCAGCCGAUGUCAUUCAGGUGAACCAUUUUAUCAACCUACUGGAGCGAUGUUUACAUUUGAACCCUGAACAUCGGAUUACUCCUCAAGAGGCUCUGGUACAUCCCUUUAUCAAGUCUCAAAAGUAG